AUUGGAGCUGCCGGCACGGUCAGAACUACACGCAUAAAACAAGAGGAGCUUGGAGAGGAGGAACACGACGUGGAGGUCCUCACAGCCGAUCAAAAGGCCUCUAAUAAGGCCUUAAAAAGGAGGACCAAGGCCAAAAGGACGGUGCCGGCUAAGCGCUUCUCAGCAUCACUUACAGACCUUAAAUUAAGCCACAAUAAGCAAAUUCCGUGGGGCCAGCUAUACGGAGAGUUAUCUAGGAGUUAUAAGGUAAUGGAGUUUGCCUGGAAGGACGCCACGGUGGUUCUAUUCCUGUCUACAAUUCAUAAUGGUCAAAACUACAUCGCAAAGCUACGAAAACAACCCUCUACAAUGUCCACAGGCUACAGGCAAACAGCGAAGGUGUUCGGCGAUGAGGCUAGGAAGGAAUUAGAUAUACCAGACUUCAUAGAGGAGUACAAUCUCUUCAUGUGCGGCGUCGACGUGGCCGACCAAUUAAGGUCCUACUACAACACCGAGAGGACUUAUAGGAAGACGUGGAAGCCUCUAUUCUCUUUCCUAUUAGAUAUAGUAGUUGGCAAUUGUUACCAGCUGUCCACCUACAGGAUAGUGGGUGAGCGAACUCUACGCCAACAUUCGCAUGCCCAAUUCCGCCGCAACCUACGCGAUGCCCUCCUCUAUAACUCUAUUUGUGCUCGCAAGCAAUAUACAGUAGAAGGAGUGAAAGGAAUAAUGGACAUAGUAUGGCAGCCGGUUAAGGAGCAUAAGCUAGCUAAGGUGUUUAAAAAACAACACUUCUGUGCUGCCUGCAAGGAGGCAAGGCGUACUACUACAACACCACACUAUGGGGCUCGGAAGCCACUUGCGAAUCUAUCUAUUAACACUACAAGAAAGGAAAGAGGCGAUAGUCAUGGCUGGAAGCGUCGUAUAAGGACGCCUCGGACGAAUUAUGGUUGUACAGUUUAUAUAAUUGCAUUCUGUACAGGUUUACAGUGUUGGAGUGAACAUCUAGCAAAGCUCAACUCCAUAGAAUAGGCCUGUAUAGCUAUCUACAAGCAAUUCGAAUAGCCUCAGGUUAUUGUAAUUCUCAUCACGGAGGAAGGAAUUAGAGCCUCUUAUUGGCCGCAGCCUUAUCGAUAACGUAGGACCCAUUUCAACGGGUUAAGGGAUACAGUACCAAAAAGUGCUGAGGAGGCUUUUCCUUUUUAGCGUGCGUUCAACGUUCAACAUAUCGAGGAACCAACUUCUUAGGGGGGAUCGGCUCGUUCAGGCGUUGCGCAUCACUAUAAUUCUGGUUAGCUACGUAGCAUCAUACA